ACCACCGCCUGGCACGACUCCCAGGUUGGGUAGACAUUGUGACCUCUCAUCUUUUUCUUGACGAUGAGACGGACUAUCAGCCACAGAACGACAUGGAACCGACUGUUUCAUGGAAUAUCGGCGCGUCGGCAGCGCAAUGCCGUUGUACGUGCGAUCGAGGUUGCUUCCUCAUCUGUGGACCGCCAUCCAGACAUACACGCCUUCCAGCAGAAGGCUCUGAUACCUGAGAAGCCUCUUGUUUUCCGUCAUGAGGCCGGCUCUCCAACCUCUCAACUCCAGGCGGCUGCCAAGUGGUUCACGCAAGACGAAUCUGGUAGGCGCGUGCUGACAAGCCAUGUUACCAACUUCGAUGAUUGGCCGUUUCCCUACGAACUGGUUCAAUCUUCAUCGCAGAAGAAAGACGCUGUCAUCAGCUUUCGCGACUGGCUCAUGAAAAGCUCGGCAUUCAGCGACCAAAUGAUGGCAGGUAUUCUGCAAACAGCUAUUACCGAAGGCGAUGGACGCCAGUUCUCUCAAUUAUAUGGGCCACUGCAACUCCUGAUAAAGGCCCUUGAGUUCAACAAGCUGCAGGACGCGAAAGGCUUGAGCACGCUGGAACUGUACAUAGCACAGUCCAUGCUUUCGGACCUACCGCAACCCCUGCAACAUGACUUGUGCACACCAGAGCUGGUCCGCGGCGCGGGAAAAGGCGAUGUUUACAGCUCGUCCGUCUGGCUCGGGACAGAGCCUACGUACACUCCACUUCACCGAGACCCGAAUCCGAACCUAUUCUGUCAACUGUGCGGGGACAAGUUGCUCAGGAUAUUGCCGCCCACUGUUGGAGAUCGAUUGUACUUUGAGGUGCAGGUGAAAAUUCGCCAGCGCGGCAACAGUCGUAUCCGGACAACCGAGAUGAUGGAGGGGGAUGAGAGAGCGGUACUUCACGACGCCGUCUGGGACAACGACGAACUGGCAGAUCUGCUACUAGAAACAGAGCUUCGGUCGGGUGAUGCAGUGUUUAUCCCUGAUGGGUGGUGGCAUUCCGUCAAAAGUGCGGGAGCUCAUGGGCAGCUUAAUGGGUCGGCGAACUGGUGGUUUCGCUAAGUUGUGCACGAAGCGUGGCAGUGAGCUUUCGUGUCUUUUCGUGAGAUGCGUCCCUGCAUGUGGCACUCACAGAUAUGCUCUUAUUGCCACGCCAAUGUGCUUAAGACUGGCCUCUUUUGACUAAUGAUGAGCAGCGACUCAGCACCAGGGCGUAGGCUGACAGAUAUAUUGAGGAAUCACUUGAUUAUACAGCUGAGCUUUACAUAGGCUUCUUGCUUUAGGGUUUGGAUACAUUGCAUAGACCUUACUACGGCCGCUGUGCUGUCAUACACUAAUACGAG